AUGAGAAGAAUUGAAAGUGAAGAGAAUAGUCUUGAUGCCUCUGAGAUUGUUAUUACUAGCACUAGACAAGAAAUAGAUGAACAAUGGAGAUUAUAUGACGGUUUUGAUCCUGUGCUUGAAAAGAGACUUAGAGCUAGGAUCAGGCGGAAUGUUAGCUGCUAUGGAAGGUUCAUGCCUCGUAUGGUUAGUUCUAACACGCAACAAAGUGAUUUCGAUGGCCAUGGUGGUUCUGAAGCAUCAUCAUAUGUCAAAGACCAAGUCAUGAAACUAUUCUUUCAUCACAACAGGCCAGGACACUAUGACGUUUGCAAAGGACUGGAACUCGCUAUAAUUUUUUCCCAAUUCUUAGAAAGUGUUCCAAUUUUUAAUCAGCCUCCAUACUCCUUUCUUGUGACAUUGGAGGAAAAGAUGCAAACUCACCCAUUUAUGAAGCUAUACACAAGUUGA